UACUUAAACUCUCACACACAUAAGUAAUGAAGACUUCAGGGUAGACUUUUCAGCAGCAUAGCCUUUGGUCCUGGGGAGAAUUGCCCAUUGAAACUAUCGGAGUGUUUGACAGAGAAUUCCUUCUUAAUGUUUAGAAAGGUAGCUCAUAAAUGAUCAGAAGAACCGACUCAUCCUGAGGCUCAUUCGCUUACUUGUUGUGAAGCUCCUGCUGUACCUCGCUGUCUCCUUCUGCGUAAGUGAAGAUAGAAGCAGACCACACAGAAGGAACCGUAAUCAGAGCUGGGACUCGGACCGCAGAGGAAACAUGGGCUGCGACAGGAACUGCGGGCUCAUCGCGGGGGCCGUGAUCGGCGCGGUGCUGGCCGUGCUGGGAGGGGUCCUCAUGCCGGUGGGGGACAUGCUGGUGUCCAAGACCAUCCGGAAGGAAGUUGUCCUCCAGGAAGGAACACUUGCUUUCAAAAAUUGGGUCAAAACAGGGACAGAGGUUUACCGGCAAUUUUGGAUCUUCGAUGUGCAGAACCCGGAGGAAGUGGCAGCCAACAGCAGCAGCAUAAAGAUGAAGCAGCGGGGUCCUUACACGUACAGAGUUCGCUAUCUGGCCAAGGAGAAUGUGACGCAGGACCUCAAGGACCACACAGUCUCUUUCGUGCAGCCCAACGGGGCCAUCUUUGUGCCUUCCAUGUCCGUGGGGACAGAGAACGACACAUUCACAGUCCUCAACCUGGCCGUGGCAGCUGCACCCCACCUCUAUACCAAUAGCUUCAUUCAAUCAGUGCUCAAUUCCCUCAUCAAGAAGUCCAAGUCGUCUAUGUUCCAAACCAGAACUCUGAAGGAACUGCUGUGGGGCUACAAGGAUCCAUUCUUGAGUCUGGUGCCCUACCCUGUUUCUACCACCAUUGGUGUGUUUUACCCAUACAAUAAUACGGUAGAUGGAGUUUAUAAAGUUUUCAAUGGAAAAGAUAACAUAAGCAAAGUGGCCAUAAUUGACACUUACAAAGGCAAAAAGUCAAUUUACGCUACUUUUGAGUCGGAAGUUGACCUGAAAGGAAUCCCGGUGUACAGAUUUGUUCUUCCGGCCAAGGCCUUUGCAUCUCCGUUGGAAAAUCCAGACAACGAAUGUUUCUGCACAGAGAAAAUCGUCUCCAAGAACUGUACAUCGUACGGUGUGCUGGACAUCGGCAAGUGCAAGGAAGGAAGGCCUGUGUACAUUUCCCUCCCUCACUUUCUGCAUGCCAGCCAUGACAUUUUGGAGCCCAUCGAAGGCUUAAACCCAAAUGACGAAGAGCAUAGGACAUACUUGGACGUUGAACCUAUAACUGGAUUCACUUUACAAUUUGCAAAACGACUUCAGGUCAACAUACUGGUCAAGCCAGCAAGAAAAAUUGAAGCAUUAAAGAACUUGAAGAGGAAUUAUAUUGUGCCCAUUCUGUGGCUAAAUGAGACUGGCACUAUCGGCGAUGAGAAGGCAGCAAUGUUCCGGCAGCAAGUGACUGGAAAGAUCAAGCUGCUGGGCCUGGUGGAGAUCGCCUUGCUCAGCGUCGGCGUGCUGAUGUUUGUGGCCUUCAUGGUUUCCUACUGCGCAUGCAGGACGCAGAGAGUGAAAUGAGUAGUCAACGAGUCUACAUUGUACCAGCUACAUCAAGACCUUUGGUAGUAUUGAUCUACAAUGUGGAGAUUUAAUAUGCUUUAUUUUUACAAAACACAUCCUUUCUUUUAGUUAAAUAAAUGGUGGCACUCUGUCUAUAUAUUUUGCACUAAGCCCCAGCACAUUUUAAAAGAAUUAAGAUGUCAUUAAAGUCUAUGCUUUGGACAAAACCCAACACUCUUCAUAUAGUGGAGCUGCUAUCAGUUUCUAGCAUGAGCCAAUUUAAUUUGGUUCUGAUUUGUGGGCUUGUGCUGUGGUGGGUCUCUCAGCAGAGAAGUGGACAUUCAGGACAGACUGCUGCUUCCUUCAUCAGAGGGUGGCUGGGUCCACGCUUGGACUGUCCCUGUUCAGCUGCAACUGGCAGACCCCAUGAGUGUCACUACAUUGCCUUACAUGAGCACCAGAUAUUGAGAGACGUUUAGUGACGGAAGAUCACAGUAGGCCUGAGCCAUUCGUCCUACAUUGCUUCAGUUUGCUUCUCGAUUGAACCCUUUGGACAGUGAUAGUAGAAACUGUAACCACUUUGCACAUCAUGGCAGUGACCUUAUACUUUUUGUCCCUGCUGCAAAUGGACAUCGUCUUUAGCCAGCUUCUGCUCUUCGUAUUGUAAAGACUUUCCUAUUUUCCAUGGUUUGUAGCUCUUCUGAAAGUCUGCGUAGAGUUUGGUCUUUCUACUCAGCCUCAACUGAUGCCCGGCAACCUCCAAAUGCAGUUCUAGUAUUAAGAGAUGUAAAUGUUGAUGAAAGGAUUAUUGUAUGGGGUAUCAUGAAGAGCAGAACAUUUAUCUAAAUGCACUUGCUGUAAUAUUUCUUGCUUUAAUAGUGACUGUGGAAGGACUAUUUUCAACCAUUAAAAGGUUGCCUCCUAAACUUUUAAGGUUUUGUCUAAUUUCUGUUGUAUUAUAAAACAUUAAGCCUAGUUUUCUGCUUUUUCGUGUACUAUCUUAAACUGUACUUCUGUCUGAAUUCCUUUAUGAGUACUUACCUGUAGGCUAUUUGUAAGCCAACUAAGGGAAGUGCAGAAAACAAACAAAGAAGUUGAGUUUCAUCUUUCACAGAGCGGUGUGCGACACAAGCUAUUUUUUUACUAAGGUUACAUUAAUAGGGUUUUUCUACUCUCUUUGGCAGUGUGGGUUCAAAUUUUUGCAGGGAGCAGCAGUCUUAAAAAGCUGUGACAGAGAAAGGGACUAUGAAUACAGAAAAAAUAACAGUAGCUGGCCUGUUUAGAUCUUUAAAAGACAAGCU